ACCAGUUCUGCCGGAUGUACCCUGAUUCAUCCAUCGUGGGUACUUAUCAGCGCCACUGCGUGGGUCGAACUCCAAAUGGGAUAAAGAUUCUUCAUGGCAGCACUUCGUUAACGAGCGGCGGAACUAAAAUCACGGUUGAUAGUAUAAUAAGACACUCCGGCUACAAUACAAGGACCAACGCGAAUGACAUCGCCCUGCUGGAACUGUCCACGCCAGUGACAUGCGACACCAACACUAAAGCUGCCCCGCUACCCCAGAGUUCGGCAUCGGCGUGCGUUGGCUGUACGGUGACAGCUAGUGGUUGGGGAGUGUUGACAAGUACAGGAAGUGAUGACACUGAUGUUUUGCAAUUGGUGGACCUCCAGGUGAUCUCCAAUAGCGCAUGUGAAGAUGUAUAUGGUCGUGGCGCUAUACCUGAUAGCAUGUUGUGUACCCAGGCUGACGGAACACACGACACUUGCCAGGGAGACUCUGGAGGUCCUAUGGUGCAGAAAGAAAGCUUCACAUUGCUCGGCAUCACGUCGUGGGGAGCUCAAUGCGCCUCUAGAACAUUCCCUGGCGUCUACACGCGGGUGUCCGAAUUCGUAGACUGGAUAGACAGCAGCACCGGAAACGCAAACUUUCCCAAGACGGGAGACGCGUGCUUCCUGGACAAUAUCGAGUGCUCUGGCUCUCAAGGAAUCACGGUCGCCGAAAGUACAGAUGCAACAACCGAAUCAACAGCGACUACGACCGAAUCAACAGCGACUACGACCGAAUCAACAGCGACUACGACCGAAUCCACGGCCACGUCGAGCGAGUCUACAUCCCCGGAAGCAUCGACGGAAUCAGCGAGCGAACCAUCAACAGAGCCGUCUACAAGACGUCCCCGUCCCAACGGACGCCCAGGCGGACGCCCAGGCGGACGCCCAGGCAGACGCCCUAAUGGCCGCCCUGGUGGCCGCCCAGGCCGUCGCCCAAACGGACGCAAUAAUGACGGCGACGACGAACGCAAUAAUGGCGACGAAGACGGACGCACUAAUGGCCGCCGAAACGAGCGCACUAAUGGCCGUACAAACCGCCGUUCGACCCGCCGCGACGGCAGUGACUAAGAAAGAGACGAUAAAUAGAGUAAAAGAGGUUCAAAUUGUUCCAGUAAAAUAAAUCUAAACAAGGGGGCGAUUACUGCCGUCACAGCAACAGACGAGUAACAAGACGCAGGUGGUUGUAAUUAUAAAAUCACAAUUGGGGUACGGCUUACAAUAACUCAAACCUUAAUUAUUACCUUAAACCUAACCAAAAUUCUCCCUCUUUGACAACGAAAAUGUGUUUCAAGAAAUAAAACGCUACUCAUAGUAAUAGCAGUAAACGCGCAAACCUGUUGAGGCAAUGGCCUGUUUAGUAAAAGGUUGGCAAUUGCCGUCACUCAUUAUUCGAUCAUGAAUAAACUUGCAGCACGUAGAAACGAUAUGAAACAAUUAUCCUGACAAUGCGCCUAAAUAAUGAUGGGCCAAUGUCCUUGCAUUCAUCUGCGCUCAUAUGUAAGCCCAUCACGUCAAGAGUAAUAAAAAAUAUAACAUAAACAACCAUUAACGAAUAAUAACUAUAAUUACGCGCAAACAACGCAGAAAAAUAACAAAUCAACCUUUCCCAGGAUGCAUUAAUAGUUGAUGCCGAGUGGGCUCGAUUAUAACUGCGGAAUCUAGUUUUUCAGCUUUGUCUAUUCACUGUAGGUAGUCAGCAAUCGCUUAGCGAUUCUUCGUUAAUUCUUUUGUUCGAUGCACCGUCGUCGUCAUUAUCUAGUAAAUCGUAUUCAGUAAUCUAUCGUGCAAUUACUAGUAAAAUACUAUGAACACGGGCGCAAUUAUCUCUUAUUUAAAUCAGUGAUCUAGCUAGAAAUUUUCACGCUUAGGUUUUGCUAGGUUAAUCAUAGUUGGAGUGCUAUAGGCUGUUUCUUGCCGUACGGUGCUAGUAUAGUGAUAUAUUACAUGGAAUAGACUUGUUUUGUUAUAGUCUCGUACAUUUCCGUACAUUUGAGGAUCAUUCCGACAAUGCGACCGAGCUGAUAUCUGCAUCCAUGUUAUAUGGAUAACCUGGUCUUCGCACACAUCUGUGCCUACGCACGUACAUUAGACCAGAUUUCACUAGGAUAUCAUGAACCUAUAAAUGAAUAAUAUAUAAAACACGUAGCAUCGGCAAAAGCCAUGUAAAUAAUAUCAGUAAGAUCACGAUUAGACUCAAUCUAUAUCUUACUCUAUAUUCAACUAGUAUGUGGUAGUAUCCUACAGCUCGACCGUCCGUCCACGGUAGGAUAGCAAAUAACAUUCUCGCACUGACUAAAUAUCUGCUAUUAACCUUAUGAUCAGACCUUGAUAACCUCAGCUAGUACUUUCUACGGACGACACUGAAUGCCAGUGUACAUCAUGGCUGGUCGCUUUACUGUUCUCUAUUUUUUUGUUGCUGCUGUCAUUGCUAGUCCGACUGAAUACCAAGUAAAAUACGAUCGGUAUGUUUGUAUUUCAAAUUUAUCUACAUUGUCGUUGUAUCCAUACUCGCUAUUUUUGUAACUGGCUAAACAGCAAUUAACGUACAAAAUAAUGUUUCCUUAUAGAACAGGAAAUUAUAAAGUGUUAAAUCUGACAGUUAAACAUAUCACAACUAUACAUCAUUAGACAGAUUUGUCAUCUUAGACCAAGUGUU